UAAAGUGCAUGAGUAAAUUGCAUAAUGUAGAUGGCGUUGCGAUUAUUAACAACAACAAUGUGUUUUAUUGGCGGUGUUUGUUCAUUACAUAUAAUUUAGCUGUCAUUAGAAUAAAAAUAUCGAAAAGUUUAUGAAUAUUGGUUCAGAAACAGAAUGUGAUGAAAAAAGAAAAAUUAUAUAUUCCUUAGUCAGAUAUGUUCACUGUUGUUUGAAUAUCUCGUAAUAAUUAUUAAUUUAUGUAUAUAUGCAGCUAUUUUCCUUUGUUAUCGGUGUUAUAAAAGAUAGACGUAAAUCGUUUUAAUUAUUUUAAAAGCAAAUGUGUAACGAAAAGGAAAAUACAGUGAUGCGUGCCGAUAUAUUGGAAAGAGAACCAUCGUGACGCGCUUGCGGCUUCAAUUAAAAACAGUUUGUUGUCACCGUAUAAUGACUUCUUUCGUACAGUUUGAUAAACUUGGGAUUACUUUAUCAUAACCUGUUAUGCUUUGAAAGAUUUCAAAAUGAUUUCCAAAACUGUGUGCAUCACACAGGAAGGGUCAGCAAAUGCAUUAGCACUUAAUAAAGAUAAUAGUCAAGUUGUUAUAGCAGGACGUAAUGUUUUCAAAAUAUUUACGUUAUUAGAGGAUAGAUUUGAAGAAGCUUGUAACUUGCGAGUAGGAAAGAAUUUAAAUUUAAAUUUUUCUUGUAAUGACAUUGCUUGGAAUUUGAUUGAUGAUCAUAUAUUAGCCUCAGCUGCUACGAAUGGUGCAGUAGUAGUUUGGAACUUAAACAAAUCAUCUAGAUCCAAGCAAGAACAUGUUUUUAUUGAUCAUAAAAGAACAGUAAAUAAAGUAAGUUUUCAUAUGACAGAACCUAUGUGGCUAAUAUCUGGCUCACAAGAUGGUACUAUGAAGUGUUUUGAUUUACGGAUAAAAGAAGCUACUAGAACUUUUUAUAGUAAUACAGAAUCAGUACGCGAUGUACAGUUUUGUCCCCAUUCACCACAUACCUUUGCCGCUGUUUCUGAAAAUGGACAUGUACAACAGUGGGAUUUACGUAAACCAGAGCGUUACUUUCAACAUUUUACUGCUCACAGUGGUCCCAUAUUUGCUUGUGAUUGGCACCCUGAAACUAAUUGGCUUGCAACAGCUUCCAGGGACAAAACCAUUAAGGUUUGGGAUUUAUUAGGUAAACCUAGUUGUGAUUAUGUUAUACAUACGAUAGCGUCGGUAGGUCGAAUAAAAUGGAGACCGCAAAGGAAAUACCAUAUAUCGAGCUGUGCUCUCGUCGUCGAUUGUAGUAUAAAUGUUUGGGAUAUCCGUAGACCAUAUAUACCUUUUGCAAGCUUUAAUGAACACAAAGAUGUUCCAACUGGUGUGGCAUGGAGAGGCAAUCCUCAAUCGUUUUUAUCAACUAGCAGGGAUUGCACGUUGUAUCAUCAUGUGUUCAAAGAUGCUACUAGACCAGCAAGUAAAGCGAAUCCACAAGGUAUUGCAUUGAAUCCAAAAGGAGAUAUUGCAUAUGCAUGUAAAGUAAAUGUUAAUGUUCAAACCACAAUGAAACAAUUGACUAACAUAAUGAGGAAAACACCUGCAACAAAUGAUACAUUUUGUAUGGCAUCUAGUGUUAUGCAUAGAUUUUCCGUGAAUAUGCCACGAGAACCAAAGUGGUUUAAAGCUUGCGCGGAAGGUUACUUGCUGUCCGGAAGAUUAAACGAUAUUUGUGAUCAUAAUGCCACUGUUGCUAGAAAUGCUGGUCGAAAUGAUAUAAGUACAGUAUGGAGCAUCAUAAAAACUUUAUACGCCAAUCCUAUGGGAUCUAUUUUAAAAACACCUCCAACUGCUUCCAAAGAAGAUAUAGUGAAUACAUUAAAUUUAGCACAGAUUACAAUAGGACCCGGUAUAGAUCAAUCGAGUGCAGGUCAUGAAAAUGAUGUGAAGUCUUUACAAGGAGAAAUAACUGGCGCAACCAGCGGAGGUGACGAUGAGACCGAGACUGAUGAAACGCCGGAAAAUCAACAUUCAAUAGGUUCUAUGCUACCUAGUUACAAGCGAGCAUUUGUUGAUCACAAAGGACCAUCUAAGGGAGAUUUUUUAUUCGGAGAAAGCGAAUUCGAGCCAGUGACAAUGGAAUACACUUCCAGUUAUAUGCAUAAUAUCAUGACGAACGAUAACGAUUGGACGUUGUCCAAAGAAGCUUUUCCAUUACGGCACGAGAUAAAAGAUAGAUCUCCGCCGCCGGAGCAAUUCCCUAAUCACCCACCGGAUAUCAACGAAGAUUGUGCUUCGUUAAUGAUCGAGGAUCAGCCAAGUCAAUUAAUAGUUUCCAAUAUACCCAAACCGCAAUUCUGGGAUCCUACGAACUUAAUCGAAGAGGCUUUAAAACAUCAUGCGGCGCUCAGAGAUAUACAGACUUCUGCAUCGAUUCUGAUCGCGUUAGGAGAGAAACGGAAAGGUUUAAAUAUUGAAACUGCUGUCCAAGAACAUUGGAUACUAGAAUAUUUAGACAUGCUUGCAAGGUUUAAGCUGUGGAACGUUGCUACUCAGAUAAUUCAGUCGGUCUGGAUUCCAUCCGUGUCACAGUUGAAUCAGCAGUCAACGAUAAUACACGCUUGUUGUUUAACUUGUACAAAACCAUUGCAAAGGGCAGCAUGGUUCUGUGAUCGAUGUCACUCGUCCCAUCAUGCGCUCUGCUCUGUUUGUCAUCAGGUUGUUCGAGGGAUAUACGUGUGGUGUCAAGGAUGUACGCAUGGAGGUCACGUCGUUCACAUGAACGAGUGGUUUAGUUGUAACCGACAGUGUCCCACGGGUUGCGGUCACAUGUGCGAAUAUACUUAAAUUUUAUGCCGAUGACUAUGACGUACUACCGUUGUAAGUUUUGCUUGUAUUCCGUAAGGAUUGUAAAAUGAGACUUAACGAAUUACCAAAUCAAAAGAUUAAAUUAUUUAUUAAUUAUAUUUUUGUAAUUUAUGGAGUAAAUUCUGUAAUUCUAAAGUA